CGUGCGUUGCCUCCCGCAACCGCCUUUUCCAGUCCACCGCUUCUCUUCUUUCUCUCUUCCCCACCAAUUCCAUCUUCUCUCCCUCACUCCUUCAGUCUCUCUUCCUGUAUUUUUUGUCUUUCCCUUGCAUUCUCUCUUCCCUCUGCACCUUCUCCUCGUGCCCUGUCGCUGACUUCUUAUAAUACCCCAUACCACCGUCGUUCAGUCAGCGUCAGGUUUCUUCUAUCUCUCCGCCCACCAACUGUCCGUGGUCAUCAUGAACAGCUUGGUGGCUACACCACCUGUGCCUCCACACUUUUACGAAUAUUCCCGUCUUUCCUCCCCUCGUCCAAUGUCUACACCAACCUACACCCCUAAUAGCCGCAAGCGGAAAGCCGACGACGAUGGUAACGAUCAUGAUGGACGAAUGUCUGCCUCCCCGACGAGCUCGCCAGCAUUCACACCGAGGUCUCUUCCUAGUCGAAAUCUGAAACGGGCCCGCCCGAAUGUCAGCGGUCGACCCCUGUCGCUUCCUCGUUUGCUCGAGACCUUAGAUACAGAUGCUCUCCGAGGGGUCCUUCGAUCGAUGUGUGAACGCCAUCCGGGACUAGUUGAUGAAGUUGUCCAUACUGCUCCUCGCCCGAGUGUAUCCUCCGCUCUUCAGGUGCUUCGAAAUUACCAAUCUACUCUCCAAUCCUCCUUCCCCUUGGGUGGCAACCCGGCAUCCGACUACGCUUAUAACCGAGUUCGACAACCUCUAUCCAAUCUUCUAGAUGCCUUGAGCGACUUCACACCGCACUUCUUACCACCUAACGAAACCCAACCUUCUUUAUCUCUAAAUUACCUAGAUGGCGCCACCGAAAUCAUUCACGCAUUACCACGAUGGCACACGCCCCAGAACAACAUAGAGCGGGACUCUGCAUACGAUGAAAUUUGCAAGGCCUGGAUCCUUGUGAUCCGGGAGGCUGCCAAACGUGGCGGAGGCAUUCAGUUACAGUAUGGUGGUUGGGAUCAGAAGUUGGCGAAGCACAACCAAAACUCCGGUGGUAAGCUGCAGGCGGCCGUCAACGAGCUUGGAGUCAGUUUAGGAUGGAUGCACGGACCUGAAACCCAAACUCAUGCAAGCCCAGGCGGUAAUGACUUUGGGUCCAUUCGGGAGCAGCUGCUGUCCGGCACCUACGGACUGGGGACUCCAGUUAAAGUUGGGCCAUGGUAAACCCACCAACUUCUAUGACCUAUUUAUACCCUACGAUUAUCCUAG